AUAUAUAUGUUUCCUGCAUGCAAUGGCCGGUCUCCGCCAGUGACUGCAAUUUGAAUCAAGAGAAUGCAGUAAACCUAAUCGCAUUAUUCUUCUAACUCUUUUUGAAGUACAAGGAAAUGCUUAGAAGAAAACCUUCCAAAAUCGAAGUCAAGCUCGAGGACAAGCAAGAACUCGAAGAUUCCCGCAAACCCUCUCCUCCUCCUCCCUCAACCGCGAACGCCACCUCUUCUUCCUCCCUUCUUCACCUCCUCGAUCGCUCCCACCCUAACCCCUCUUCCAAACUUCAACGCAUCGGCCUUUCCCCCUAAUGGAAGUCGAAGUCAAACUCCGCCUCCAGGACGCCUCCGCCCACCGUCAAUUAACCUCCAUCCUUUCUCCUUUCCACUCCAAAACCCUCCAUCAAGAAAACCUCUUCUUCGACACCCCAGCCAAUACCCUUUCCUCUCAACUUUCCGUUCUUCGUCUCCGCUUCCUCAACAAGGACGCCCGCUGCAUCGUUUCCCUCAAAUCCAAACCUACUCUGGUAGAUGGUGUCAGCCGCGUGGCGGAAGAUGAGGAGGAACUAGAUCCGUGUUCUGCACGCGCUUGCGUGGAGGACCCGGCGAGGUUGGGGAAGAUUGAGUCGAGGAUUUUGAAGAGGGUUAAAGAGGAAUUUGGGGUUGGGGAAGAAGUGGGAUUUGUUUGUUUAGGUGGGUUUGAGAAUAAACGAGAGGUUUUUAAUUGGAAAAAUCUGAAGCUGGAAGUGGAUGAGACUAAGUAUGGUUUUGGGAUAUGUUAUGAGCUGGAAUGUGAAAGUGAGGAUCCUGAUGGCGUUAAGAAAUUGCUUGAGGAGUUCUUGAAGGAAAAUGGGAUUGGUUAUUCCUACUCUAAGAGGACAAAGUUUGCUGUUUUUAGGUCUGGGAAAUUGCCUUAGCGAAGUGAGUUUGAGGAUGUCCUGCAGUAUGAUUAUCCGCAUUGUUCCUUACAUACAAGCAAUGGUAGAGAAGCAAGGUUUAUCAUCUUCCUUGCAAAAAUAAAUGUCAACUUUCACGCAACGCAAUUCCGAGACCUUGCAUAACAUGAUUAUUAUUGCUAGUUAUUACUCUUUCGACAAACAGUCAAAGAAGUCUUGUCUCUGUCUUAGUGGCUGUUUCCUAUGAAUUUCAUUUGAUUGUGUUUCAGAA